AUGGCCGUUAAAUCUGGUAUCGCUACUGGUUUGAACAAGGGUAAGAAGGUCACCCAGAUGACCCCAGCCCCAAAGAUCUCGUACAGAAAGGGUGCUUCCUCUAACAGAACCAAGUUCGUCAGAUCUUUGGUCAAGGAGGUCGCCGGUUUGGCCCCAUACGAGAGAAGAUUGAUCGACUUGAUCAGAAACGCCGGUGAGAAGAGAGCCAGAAAGGUCGCCAAGAAGAGAUUGGGUACUUUCGGCAGAGCCAAGGCUAAGGUCGAGGAGAUGAACGACAUCAUCACCGCCUCUCGUCGUCACUAA